GUGGAGGACACCACCUCCAUCCUGCCCCGCCCCCAGCGCCCCGCCAACGACUCCUACGGGAUCGGAGCCCUGGCCAAGUCCUCUCUGUCAGGUGUGAGCCGCACCAUGAAGGACAAGGUGACCAAGCCCACGGCCAUGGCCCAGGGCCGGGUGGCCCACAUGAUCGAGUGGCAGAGCUGGGGCCGGCCGUCGGCGGGGCCGGCGGGCGGCCCGGGGGGGGCGGGGGGGGCCACCCGGCAGCGGGAGAAGCAGCGCCGCCUGGAGAACGACGCCUACAGUGACCUGAGCGACGGAGAGAAGGAGGCGCGCUUCGCCGCAGGCAUCAUGCAGCAGUUUGCCAUUUCUCAAGCUACGCUGUUUGGCUGGAACUCUGUGGACGGGGAGAGCCUGGGGGCGGAGUCUAACCAGGGCAGCAACGGCCAUCUUAGUGAGGGCAACCAGGACAGCAUCACCAGCAGAGACCCGGGGCUCCACCACUCCUCUACCUGUGAGGUCUGGCCUCACUCCUACGUCUCCCAGGGCCUCUACUGCCUCUCCUCCUCUGACGCCUGGGAGCCAAUCAGCGGCCAGCCCUCGGGGAUGGGCUCUCCGGCGGCAGGCUCCUUCAUCAUGGCCCCCAGCUGCAGCAGUGCGGGGGGAGGUACACCGGGCGAGGGCUUUGAGGGUUACCUCCACCAGAACCAGAACCAGCUCCUCCACCAGUACCAGCUGCAACAGUACCACAACCAGCAGCUGCUGCAGUACCAGCAGCAGUCCAUGGACCCCCGGCUCCACAGUGCCUCCCACUCUCUGCAGGCCACGCCCAACAGCACCAUCCACAGCCUGGGCGUUCCCACCCACCCCCGCCUGGCUGACCUGUGGGGCGGAGUUCAGCUGGGCGGAGUCCCGCUGGACGCCCACCAGGUGGAGAUCGUUGGACACCUGAGUGGGCAGACCGCUGAUGGCAUACUCGGGGGCGUGGUCGGGGGGGAGACCCUGGGGGAGGAGCCAGAGUCAGAAGGCUUCUCAGAGCAGCUGGAUGAGGAAGAGGAGGAUGACGUGGUGACGAAGGUGGAGGAAGUGACGUUGACGCUGGAGCCGCUGGGGGUGCCGAGCAGUCCCGGGACGCCCCCCUCCUCCCCCGGCGGCCGGCGGCAGCCCAACGGGACGGCCUACGCCCUCCGGCCGCUGGACCCGACUGGGGAGAGCGCCGUCGUUGUCGUCGUGACGACCGAUUGAGGGCGUCGGCCCCGUCGGAAGGAGACUGAAGACUUUGUAAUAUUCCAGUAAUCAACACAUCAAGCGUCCCCCCACCCCCCCCGGCCCCCGGGGGCCCUCUGGGCAGAGGGCUUCAGGGGGUCAGGGGGGGUUCUGUGAAGAAGACGAUGCUGUGUGGCUGGGACGUGAUGAGGAUGAAGAGGAGGAGGGACUCACCUCCGUGUUGUUCGAUGGACCAAUCAGCUGUGGGGAUCCUCUGAGCCCAGCGACUGGAAGAGGAACUCCUGGGGUUAUGGCGGACAGACGGGGGGAUGGACGGGCGGACGGACGGGGGGGGACGGACGGACGG